AUGAAGUUUCUUGCUAUGACUGGCAUGGCUGUGCUUCUCGGCAUCUUAGCGCCAGUGAUAGCAGAGGAGGAUGAAUACCUCUUUCCCACCAAGCGGCCAAUACCCGAUCAAGACAAAUGUUUCAUAAUCAAAUGUGAUCAGAACCAACACAAAUCAGCCGAUCUCAAGAAACUUGUGUCAAAGGUAGUGCCUCUCAUCAAUAAAGGACAUCGAUUUCCCGAUGAGCCCCGACUUUACAACUUUGAAGCAACAGGAUCGUUUUACUCCUACCCUAUACUUCCUAAUCUAGAGCUCUACGAUAAUGGAACCUUUCCGACAGAUUAUGUCUUAUUUAACGAAGAUGAAGUUGUCGUUGGUGGGAUGAGAUAUUUCGGAGUAGCGCUCAACAACAUAGAAAGGUGUAUGGAUGAAGAGUGUCCGUGUGAAGGCAAUCAAACUAGUUGUGAUAAAGAUACAUGA